ACACUGCGUCCCCCGGGAGUGCGUCGGGCGGGCCAGGCAGGCGGGGCGAGCCUGGGGGCGGCCCGGGAAGAGGAGCCGCGCCGCAGAGGUGGCCCUGCCGUGGGCGGUGGUCGCGCGGGGGCCGUGACCCUCGCAGGGUUCAUAGCUCCCUGAAGCCCGCCCUUGCUGCUCAUAGGCUGUCAUGAAAGAACUAAGGCAGAAUUCACAGAGGAAGAGCCUGGGAAGAGCAAGGUGGGCCUGCUCUCAUUCGGGGGGUUUGUGGGGUCCCUGUGGAAACCACAGCUGGAGGAGCUGGAGCUCUGCCUAUGCAGCUGGGUGGUCCAGGCUCCGGGCCCAGGUCCCCCAGAGACCCUCCUCUGCUUUGGACAAGCUGGGCCCACUUGGAGCCUCAUAGUGUCCUCCGGCCUGAUGCUUCCUCACAACGCAUCAACGGUGCUGCCAGGAGUCCUGGGCCAGGGUGCCUGGUGUGCAAGAUAAUUGUCCCAGCACGGAUCUUUGGUGUCCCCACACCAGCUCUGUGAGUGUUGUCUCUUAAUACCACUGCUUUAGGGUGUGGCAAGUGGGGACACCUCCCUCCACCAUGACCAAACAAGACAGUAGUCCUCUCUUUGGAGCUGCAGGAAGUCUGUGGAACCUGCGUCUAUCCCCCACCACCCUGAUGGGCUCGCCCGUCUUCGCCCACUCUGUAGGAAGCAGUGGAACCAAGAGCAAGAUGAUCUCUCUGGCAGCCACCGGGUGAACCGAGGUGACCAGGAAACUACAGGGGUCCAGAGAGCCCCUCAUCUUUGCGAAGGGAGAGCCUUGGGCUUCCGGAAAGGAGGGAUGAGCAGAGCAGCCAGACAACCCAUGUGUUGCCAAGACACUAGGGCACACCAGCCUCACUGCCAUUUGGAGAGCUAGCUGAUGCAGAGAUCCGGGCACCCACCAGCUACUAACUGAGCACGUGCCACUCACCAGCCCCUGUUCCGGUUAAGAACGGUUUGGCUUCGUAUGGACAUCUAGACGGGGAUGACCCCGCAGGGUACCUCGAUCAAGCCCUGAGCCCGUAGUGAACGCCCAGCCAAGACCUAAGGUCUAGCGGGCGGGGCUGCAGCCCGCGAGUCAAGUUGAGCCACCUGAGCCGGAGCCCGGAGGACGCCGUCGCUCCCCGCUGUCCGGAGCUCCGCGAUGGGCCGGGGGAGCCGACCGUGCGCCCCGCGGGGAGCGCUGCCGCCCCGGCCGCCGCCGCUACUCCUGCUGUUCCUGCUGCUGCUCCCGCCGCCGACUCCGGCGCUCGCCCCUCGGAUCAGCCUGCCGCUGGGCUCCCAAAAGCGGCCAUUCCUCAGAUUUGGAGCGGAAAACGUCUCCAACUACACGGCCCUUCUGCUGAGCAGGGAUGGCAAGACUCUGUAUGUGGGCGCCCGAGAGGCCCUCUUCGCUCUCAACACCAGCACCAGCUUCCUGCCUGGCGGAGUGUACCAGGAGCUGCCGUGGAGCGCAGAUGCCGAGAGGAGACAGCAGUGCAGCUUCAAGGGCAAGGACCCGCAGCGCGACUGUCAAAACUACAUCAAGAUCCUCCUGCCACUCAACAGUACUCACCUGUUCACCUGCGGCACGGCGGCCUUCAGCCCUGUGUGCACCUACAUCAAUGUGGAGAACUUCACUUUGGCACAGGACGAGGCAGGGCACAUCCUCCUGGAAGAUGGCAAGGGCCGUUGUCCCUUUGACCCCAAUUUCAAGUCCACGGCCCUGAUGGUUGAUGGUGAGCUCUAUACCGGAACAGUCAGCAGCUUCCAAGGGAAUGACCCGGCCAUCUCCCGGAGCCAAAGCCUCCGCCCCACCAAGACCGAGAGCUCCCUCAACUGGCUCCAAGACCCAGCGUUUGUGGCCUCGGCCUAUAUUCCCGAGAGCCUGGGCAGCUUGGAAGGGGACGAUGACAAGGUCUACUUCUUCUUCAGCGAGACCGGCCAGGAGUUUGAGUUCUUUGAGAACACAAUCGUGUCCCGCAUCGCCCGCAUCUGCAAGGGGGACGAGGGCGGUGAGCGGGUCCUGCAGCAGCGCUGGACGUCCUUCCUGAAGGCCCAGCUGCUAUGCUCGCGGCCAGACGACGGCUUCCCAUUCAAUGUGCUGCAGGAUGUCUUCACGCUGAGCCCCAGCCCGCAGGACUGGCAUGACACCCUGUUCUAUGGGGUCUUCACAUCCCAGUGGCACAGGGGGACCACAGAGGGCUCUGCCGUCUGCGUCUUCACCAUGAAGGACGUGCAGAAUGCCUUCAAUGGCCUCUACAAGGAGGUGAACCGUGAGACACAGCAGUGGUACACCGUGACCCACCCAGUGCCCACACCCCGGCCCGGAGCGUGCAUCACCAACAGUGCCCGGGAGAGGAAGAUCACCUCAUCCCUGCAACUCCCAGACCGUGUGCUGAACUUCCUCAAGGACCACUUCCUGAUGGACGGGCAGGUCCGCAGCCACCUGCUGCUGCUGCAGCCCCGGGCCCGCUACCAGCGUGUGGCUGUCCACCGUGUGCCUGGCCUGCACCGCACCUAUGACGUGCUCUUCCUGGGCACUGGUGAUGGCCGGCUGCACAAGGCGGUGGCCGUGGGCUCCAGGGUGCACAUCAUUGAGGAGCUCCAGAUCUUCCCAGCGGGACAGCCCAUCCAGAACCUGCUCCUGGACGCCGACAGGGGUCUGCUCUACGCCGCCUCCUCCCCUGGCGUGGUCCAGGUGCCCGUCGCCAACUGCAGCCUGUACCAGAGCUGUGGGGACUGCGUCCUCGCCCGGGACCCCUACUGUGCUUGGAGCAGUUCCAGAUGCACACACAUCAGCCUCUACCAGCCUGAGACAGCCUCCAGGCCAUGGAUCCAGGACAUUGAGGGGGCUAACACCAGGGAUCUCUGCAACAGUUCCUCACCUGGGCCCCGGUCUUCUGUACUAACAGGUGAGAAGCGAUGUGAGCAAGUCUACUUCCAGCCCAACACGGUGAACACCUUGGCCUGCCCCCUCCUCUCCAACCUAGCCACCCGGCUCUGGCUACACAAUGGUCUCCCGGUCAAUGCCUCAGCCUCCUGCCGUGUGUUGCCCACUGGGGACCUGCUGCUGGUGGGCAGCCAGCAGGAACUGGGGGUAUUCCAGUGCUGGUCCCUGGAGGAGGGCUUCCGGCAGCUGGUGGCCUGUUACUACCCAAAGGUGGUGGACGACAUGCUGGCAGACCGAGCCGACCGGAGCGGCAGCAUUCCCGUCGUCAUCAGCACGUCCCGGGUGAGCGCACCAGCGGGCGGCAAGGCCAGCUGGGGUGUAGACAAGUCCUACUGGACCGAGUUCCUGGUGAUGUGCACGCUGUUUGUGUUCGCCGUGGUGCUCUUCAUUUUAUUCUUCCUCUAUCGGCACCGGGGUGGCAUGAAAGUCUUUCUGAAGCAGGGCGAGCGUGCCAGUGUGCACCCCAAGGCCCGCCCUGUGGCGCUGCCACCUGAGACCCGGCCGCUUAAUGGCGUAGGCCCCCCUAGCACCCCACUCGACCACCGAGGCUACCAGGCCCUGUCAGAUAGCUCCCCGGCACCCCGCAUCUUCACUGAGUCAGAGAAGCGGCCGCUCAGCAUCCAGGACAGCUUUGUGGAGGUGUCCCCGGUGUGCCCCCGGCCCCGGGUCCGCCUGGGCUCUGAGAUCCGGGACUCCGUGGUGUGAGAGCACGCUUCUCGAGGAGUCCACCCUGGCCUCCGAGGCCGUGAGUGCUCAGAGGGGGCCAGCCGGACCUCUGCGCCUCAGGGAACAUGACCGUGGCGCCCCGGGGUCGGGGCUGAUGGAGCCCGCGGGCCUGCUGCUCCUCCGCCAAGUAGCACGGCCCCCUCCGACCGACCAACCGCCGUGGCCCAGGAGGACCCAGUUGCAGAUGGGGGCCUGCCUGGAUGGGCAGAACAGUGCUCCUUGUGUAAAACUGAGCCCUUUGUUUAAAAACAAUUGCAAAUGUGAAGUGAUUGAGAAGAACAACACAUCACAGAGCUCCAUGUGUGCGAACAGCCCCGCCGCGGGGCCUCAGGGGCAUGGCCGACUCACCCAGAGUGCUUGAGACAGCGCUGGCCGUCCCCACCAGCUGGUCUCUUCCACCUUCUGCCUUACCCUGCGGCCACCGGCUGCCCCUCGUCUCUGCAGAAGCAGGGGCCGGCUUGGGCUCCGUGGGUCCUGCCUUGCCAGCUGGCCGACUUAUUACAGUCAUCAUCCCGUCACCUCAGGGACCCGAGGGCCAUGCUGCCGCUGCAGCUGUCACGAGGCCUUGGGCUCAGACUCACCUGCUGGACCUUUCGGGCCUGUAUCAGGCUGUGGCCACGUGCGAGAGGGGCAGCGUGAGUCCAGGAGAGUUUAGGACGAUGGACGCCUUUCCAUCGAAGUCAAGGAAGGGACUGUUGCCUGCCUUCCUCCAUCCCAGUCUUCAAAUCCCACAUCCACCCCGGGCUCCUCCCCAGAGCCCCGCCCCCGGUUCAUCCCCUCCACCUUGCCCGCUCCCCCUCUAAGGGGUGUUGAUACUGCCCUAUACAGGAACCCCGAAUUUAUGUGGGUUUUAUAUUUUUUUUAAUAAGAGGCACUUUACUUUUUUUUUUUUUUUUUAAAUAAAAUCUAAAUAACAGAAAUGGAAUCAUGGCCCUUCCUCUCAAAAGACUGUUCCUUUUUUGAGGUUGGCCCAGUUCUCUGAGUUUCGAGGAGUUCUGAGCCUCCACUUUCCAGGGGCUAGUGGGCCAGAGCCAUCGUGGCCUGGCCGACUCCCAUCUCCCAGGGGAGUGUGGUCCUAAAGGUGGGAAGUUUAAUGCACUGAUGGGAGGGGCAAGGAAUUCAUUCGUUUUCCCUCAACCCCUUUGCUCUGCACUUCCCCCCGUUCAGUUCAGGGUGGGAGCACAGAGGACCAGAGGUUUUGUCAUGUUUUUUGUUUUGUUUUUUUUAAUUUAAAAAACAUUUAUUUUUUUAAA